UAAGAAACUUCCAUUACUAUUGCGGGACUCGCCGGUCCGGAACAAAGACUGUAGCUCCGCCUACUUACGUUUCGUCUUUCGCACUCGCCUCCGUCACGUGGAGGUGACAAGGGGAGGCGAGGCCGGUGCGGGGUAGUCAGUGUCUUCUUGAAAAUGGAUCCUUCUGAAGAAGACUACCCCACAGAGAUUCACGAUUACCUUUUAGCCUUUGAAACAGCUGUUGGUUCAGUAGAUGCAAUGUUGAAGACAAUGAUGUCCAUAUCUAGAAGUGAGCUCCUCCAGAAGCUGGAUCCUCUUGGACAAGCCAAAAUAGAUUUGGUCUCUGCUUAUACAUUGAAUUCAAUGUUUUGGGUGUACCUUGCUACACAAGGAAUAAAUCCAAAGGAACAUCCAGUCAAACAGGAAUUGGAGAGAAUAAGAACAUACAUGAACAAAGUAAAAGAGAUGGAAGAAAAGAAAAAAGCUGCCAAGCUGGAUAAAGGCGCAGCAUCGAGAUUUUUACGAAAUGCACUGUACGAACCAAAAAGCAAACCUGCAAAGAAAAGUCCCAUUCCAGCCAAAAAGAAAAAAACUCAUGAGAAUCUCCCUGUUUGAUAUGAAUUAGGAUUAUUUUAAUAAAGUUUUAUAUGUAAUAAAA